GGUGCAAACAGCUAUGGACAACUUGGUCUUGGUCAUAAAGAGGAUGCGCUGGUACCUCAGUCACUGCAAGAUGUUUCCUGCAAAUGUCAAGACAUUAAAAGCAUUACUGGAGGAGGGGGACAUUCUGCAGUUAUCACUGGUGCAGGAGAACUCUUUGUGUGUGGCCAUAACAAAGAUGGGCAGUUGGGAUUGAAUCACACGGAGGAUGUACUGUGUUUUACUUUGUGUACUGCUCUGUCUGGCUUUUGUGUAAAACAAGUUGCCUGUGGCUGGGAUUUUACAAUCAUAUUAGUAGGAUCUGGCCUAGUUCUGUCCUGUGGGUCUAACUCCUUUGGACAAUUAGGAGUUCCUCAAAUUUCAGGUCCAUGCUUGAUUCCACAAAAGAUUGAGUCUCUCAAAGAGAAGGUGGUGGAUGUUGCUGCAGGACUGAGACAUGCUCUUGCUGCUACAGAGAGCGGUUUAGUGCUUCAGUGGGGAACUGGCAUGGUGUCUCGGGCAAAGCGUGCAAACAAAGGAAAACCCCUCCCCCUGUUCUUGACAGCAAAGGAGCCCUGUGAAGUAACAGGCCUGGAAGAUGUAAAGGUGAAGACAGUUGCUGCAAGCUCCUAUCAUUCGGUGUCACUCACAGACUGGGAGAGAGGGAAACAGAAUAGCUUUUCAUACUGUAAUCUUACAGUUUUGAAGUGUGGAAGAUAUAUUGAACCUUACGAAGAUAAGUCUUUGCCAAACUUUCUAGGAGCAAGUUUUUAG